AAGUGCUCGUUAUUCUUGGAGUGCAGAGAGAGAGAGAGAGAGAGGGGGAGCUUCCAAUCCAUGAGAACUGAACUUCAAUUAUUGGUGAAGCUUUAAGGUAAUAGAGCAUUAGAGAAAUGAGCGUGAUUUGUGGGUUUUCUUCAUUGAAAUGCCGUUUAUUCAAACUGCAAGGCCAAAGCCUCGGCUUUGUGUUUCAGUUUUGGGUUAGCUGUCGCUUUCUUCUAUCUCCAUUUGAUGAUGCCUCUGAAACGUCUUUUCGGCGCUUCUGUCUUGUUUUCUUCUGUACAUAUCUCAAUUAUCAAAACCCACAACCGAAACCUGAUGUGAACAUAGUCUGCAGGCUUUUUCCCCCGAUCUUUGUCUGUUUCCCCUGCCUUUCCUCCCCAGUUUGAUCCCCUUUUCUCUCUCCUCCCUCGAAAGGGUUUUUGCUUAGAGAGAGAGAAAACAGUGACAAUGAGUUGCAAUGUGAAGGAUUGAUUCAUCCAUGGAAGAGAAGUUGUGAAGAGAAGUAUUCAUCCAUGGCUGAGAAAGUUGUAAUCGUUGCUGUCAAAGCAUCUAAAGAGAUCCCAAGAACCGCCUUGGUUUGGGCUCUAACUCAUGUUACUCAGCCGGGCAAUUGUGUUAAGCUGCUGGUGGUCAUUCCUGCUCACACUUCAAAGAAAAAGUUACGGGCUAUUCGAAGGUUUACUGGUGAUUGCUCUGCUGGUCAAUGGAAACAUCUCUCAGGAACUAUCUCAGAUCAGAAAGACUAUAUAACAGAUCUGUGCUAUCAAAUGAUGCUUCAACUCCGUGAUGUUUAUGAUGCAGAUAAAACAAAAGUCAAGGUGAAAAUUGUUUCUGGCUCACCUUGUGGAGUAGUGGCAUCAGAAGCAAAGAGAGCUCAGACAAGCUGGGUUGUAUUGGAUAAACGACUGAAAAAAGAGGUAAAACCCUGCAUGGAACAUCUGGAAUGCAAUGUGGUGGUGGUGAAACGUUCUGGGCCCAAAGUACUCCGGCUGAAUUUGGUUGGAUCUCCUAAAACAGAAUCUGAAGUUGCUAGUGCACAACUCUCAGAAGUAUCUGUGGAAAAUCUGAAGAAUAUAGAGUGUCUGAAAAAUAAAUAUGACCCGUGGAAUGAGAUCCGGGUGCCAAAUGUGACUCCAGCCAGCAGUCCAGAGCAUACAUCAUUCACUACCACUGAUGCCGGGGCAUCAUCAUUGUCAAGCUUAGAUAUGGUGGCCUCGCCAUUUUUCUUCUCUGAAAUCAAUUGGGAUCUAACGAAGGAGAACGAUGGAAGUCACGAACAUGACGAGUCUGACUCUGACACAGAAAGCGAAGAGCUAAAUUCUCCUUCAAUGAGCUUGUGCUCCCAGUCCUGGAUGGCAGAAAUGAUCAGCUCUGCUUUUGAAUUCUCAAAGCAUUUGGUAGAUCCUUCACAAAGACCCAAGGGCAAAACUCUGACUUCCGUGUCUGAUGCAGUGGUGGAAAGGUUCUCUGAACUUAAUGCAAAACUUGAAACUGGCAUUUUGAAUUACAGGCUUGAUUUGGACAUGAAUAAAGAUGUAAGAGAAGUGAUCUCAUUGUCAAGAAAUGCACCUCCCGAACCACCUCCAUUGUGUUCAAUAUGUCAGCACAAAGCACCCGUAUUUGGAAAACCUCCCAAGUGGUUUGCCUAUUUGGAACUUGAACGUGCUACAGAUGGAUUCUCUCAAGCUAAUUUCUUGGCAGAAGGUGGAUUUGGUUCUGUGCACCGAGGAGUCCUGCCAGAUGGACGGGUUAUUGCAGUUAAGCAAUAUAAAUUGGCGAGUUCUCAGGGUGAUCUUGAAUUUUGCUCAGAAGUCGAGGUCCUAAGUUGUGCACAACACCGUAAUGUUGUGAUGCUGAUUGGAUUCUGUGUGGAGGACCAAAGAAGGUUGCUAGUUUAUGAAUAUAUCUGCAAUGGGUCUUUGGAUUCUCACCUUUAUGGACGGAACAGGGAUCCACUGGAUUGGCAUGCAAGACAGAAGAUUGCAGUUGGAGCUGCGAGAGGGUUGAGGUACCUUCACGAAGAAUGUAGAGUGGGUUGUAUUGUUCAUCGUGACAUGCGACCAAAUAAUGUGCUCCUCACUCAUGACUUUGAACCCCUGGUUGGAGAUUUUGGGCUAGCAAGGUGGCAACCAGAUGGAGAUUUGGGCGUCGAAACAAGAAUAAUUGGGACUUUUGGGUACCUGUCCCCAGAAUAUGCUCAAAGUGGCCAAAUCACUGAAAAGGCUGACGUUUAUUCCUUCGGGGUAGUGUUGGUGGAACUGGUCACUGGACGGAAAGCUGUGGAUGUAAAUCGGCCCAAGGGGCAGCAGUGUCUAACUGAAUGGGCACGACCCUUGCUCGAGAAACAUGCUAUUGAACAACUUAUCGAUCCACGCUUGAGUAACUGCUACUCAGAGCAAGAGGUUCGUUCUAUGCUGCGCUGUGCGUCCUUGUGCAUAAGGCGGGAUCCUCAGCUCAGGCCCCGCAUGUCCCAGGUACUGCGAAUGUUAGAAGGCGAUAUCAUAACUAAUCGCGCAUCGACCUUUGGACAAGAUGUUGGAAAACUGCCAAGGCUGUGGCUGGAAACAAAAGCAUUAACUGUUCAGUGGUGUAGAGCCACCUAUUAAACGGUUUCUUGGAGAUGCUACGCCAUAGGCGGCCAACUUGGGGAGGAAAACCGAGCGAGUGAGAAGCAGUAACUGUAUAGAAUCUGCAUGGCAACAGUAACAUUCUCCCCUCCAUUGUUGUCUAGACCUUGCCACUAGAGAUUUGUCAUUGUUUGUAUAGCUGUAAUAAGCUGCAGAGUUGAGAAUUGUUCACUCUUAUUUGUUGAACAAUGACAAUGGAAGUAGUUGCAGUGUAUGGCAGUUUUGAGUCCUGUGGCUUUACUUGCUAUAUUUAUGUACAUUUAUAGGUCGAGGUUGAGUACUUUAAGGACCUUGGUGUGCCUAAUGAGCAUUUUUAUAGGUUGAGGCUGAGUACUUUA